AUGGUGAAGCGUGAAGUGAAUAAUUUCUCUUUUGUUUGUAUAGCUGGUUGCCUGUCUGCGUCCCUGGGUGUGCCGCCGCAAGCGAUGUGAAUGUAACCAUAACAAAGUCAAUGCCUGAAAUGUUGUAAUGUUUAUUUUUAUUUACUGCCAUCACUAUUUUUUCAUUACACUGAAUGCGCGAUCGAUGGAUCUGAAUAAUCCUUAUGAUAAGGUAAUAAUAGAAAGUCGCGAGAAAUGUAUUAUCAAUAUGUGGAAAAAGACACGAAUCAAGUCAGUUCGGCAUGGAAAGUUCUCCAUGCAUUAAUAUUUUUGACAACCUUCGUAUGUUCUUUGAUAUCAGCAUACGCCUUCGAUAACUUAUUAAAAAAUUUCGAUCACCGCUGUAUCCUCUACGCUUCGCCAAAUUUGGAACUAGAAGAAAUCGUAUUCAAAUCAAAUUCCACAAUAAGAAACUCCGAUACAGAAAUAACGAAUAAAAGCUCCGAAAUUGCUGCUCAAACGAUCAGCGGACCUCAUUUGACAACGAAGUCUUCGGAUUUACAACUCAACAAAUCACAGAUAGACUGGUCGACAGCCAAAAAGAUCCCUGGACUCACGGACAUUUUCGAAGUGGAUGAUCAAAUUUGGUUAAAUAAUGAAACGCUAAGUGGGAAAAUUGUCAUGAAGCGAUUAGGAACGACGUUUGGGAGUUACGCAAGAUGCAGUACCGUUUUAUUCGUACCUCUUCUGUCGCUGGUCGUUUCAGCGGUGUUUGGAGCCAUUGUAGUACUAUGUGGAAGAGGAGGGAAAGGUUACAAAACUGAUAUUAUGUCUGGUUCAUGGUCGUUCGUCUACCCAGUGAUAUUCGUAUCAGCUAUGAUGACUAUUCUGAGCAUAAUUGCUGCAAUUCCAGUAAAUGAUGGCUUGCAAUCAUUUUGCUCUAAUUUUGAAAACUUCACAGGACAAUCACGCUGUAAUAAGUUGAUGAACUACUUCACUUUGGAUGGAGACCAAGUUUUCACUGAGUUUUGGGAAAUGUGCGCCAUCUGUAACUACAGUUUCAGCUUUGGGGUGCUUCUUUGGACAUCGCAAAUCUCCAUUACGAUUUUGAGAUGUCUACGAGUGGUUGAUUUUCAAUUCAAUUCCAUUUCCAUCGAAAGCAAAAAUGAAGAGGAGAGUAACGAGACAAAAAGCCAGAAAAUUCACGAAGCAGUAGUACAAGCAUUUCCUGGAGCAAAAGCGGUCACUCAAAUAUUGAAUGGAGGUCCUGAAGAAAUAGCUAUUCAUUGUCACGAUCAAGACGAGGUUACUCAAGUCUAGUACAAAAACAUAAAAAUUGUCACUCACUUUUUCAAGACUAAUCAUCUCACCAAUUCAUUCAAAAUAGAAUGUAUAAUUAUUUAAUUUAUUAUUCUUUAUACUUGUUAUGACGAAUUAUAUUGCAAUUUUAAUCUUC